AUGGAGAAAAAGUUUUAUUACAUUUUUGCAUAUGCAGUCCUCACCAUAAUAACCUUCCCAAUGCCUCCUUGUGCAAUGAGCCUUGCCACUGAUGAAGCUGCCCUUCUUGCCUUAAAAAUGCGCAUAACCUCAGACCCUUUCCGUAUGCUUGCAACAAAUUGGAGCAAUAACUCGAGCUCCGUCUGCAGCUGGAUUGGCGUCACUUGCAGUUUGCCACACCAAAGAGUAACAGCCUUGAAUCUCUCUUUCAUGAAUCUCGUUGGCACCAUUCCACCUCAACUCGGGCAACUCUUCUUCCUCGUCACCCUCGACCUCACCUGCAAUCUUUUCAGUGGAAUUCUGCCUUAUGAGCUGUCUCUCCUUCGCCGUUUGGAGUUCAUAUCGCUUGCACUCAACAACUUCACCGGAGACUUCCCUCCGGUCUUAAGUCAGUUAUCAAAAUUGGAGUACUUGGUCUUAGACAAUAACAGUUUCACAGGUUCCAUCCCAAAAUCCAUCUCAAACCUUACAAACCUACAAGUUCUUUCCUUAUAUGCCAAUUCUCUAAGUGGAGAAAUUCCAGAAGAGUUGGGGAGACUUGGUAAUCUACAAGAUUUGGAGGUUGAAUGCAAUGGUCUUUCCGGUGGUAUACCAUCAGCCAUAUUUAACAUAUCCACCCUUCAAUAUAUAGCAUUCACGUACAACGAAUUGAGUGGAAGUCUUCCACCAGACAUGUGCACUAAUCUUCCAUUUCUUGCUGGGAUAUUUCUUACCGGAAACGAAUUGAGUGGUGAGAUUCCGAAAAAUCUGUCUCAAUGCUCACGACUUGCGACUUUGUCGCUCUCUUUCAACUCCUUUAGUGGGCAGAUACCUCCAGAAAUCGGCUAUUUAACAUCUCUUCAGAAUUUAGCUCUCGGUAUACUACCAAAGGAGAUUGGCAAUCUUCAAAGUCUGAUUGCUUUUGGUGUUGAGAAAAAUCAGAUUGGAGGCUCGAUUGAUUUCAAAAUGUUCAUGAAUAUGUCUUCUCUACAAACCUUGCAACUAUGGCACAAUAAAUUCACUGGGAACAUUUCAAGUGAUAUCGGGAAUCUUACAAUGCUUAUAUAUUUAGAUCUUGCGUACAACAAUUUAAUAGGUGUUAUACCGAGAGAAAUUGACCAACGUCUUUACCACCUGAAGAAACUUAGAUUAGAAUCGAAUAUGUUAAGUGGUUCAAUUCCACCUAACAUUUUUAACAUCUCAACUCUUAUAGUAUUUGCACUUGGAGGGAAUAGGCUGUCAGGUGCUCUUCCAACCGAUUUGUGCAACAACUUUUCUUCUAUUGAGAUGUUUUACCUUGGGAUUAAUCACUUGAGUGGACGAAUACCCGAAUUCAUUUCCAACUGCUCUCAACUUAGAGAGCUUCGAGCUCAGCUAUAA